ACCAUAUCUUUUACCAACCAAACAACCCCUAGUGAGAACAAACGACUCGUCAUUUUAUGAUUCCUACUUCCUUAUGAAACAACAUGCAUUGGCUGAACAAACAACGACGAUUUGUCGUCUACAAGAGACCUGACCUCUCUCGUUGAUAAAUGAUAAAUCCGCGCGCUCUGUUUUUUGAUAAUUCAGCUUUAUUUUACUUUAUCUGUUAAUGAUUGACACAAUUUUGAGUUAUUUGUGAAAAUAUUUGUGAUGGUUAAGUUGUUAGAGAUGGUGCAUUUAAGUGGCAUCAGCAGAUUCCUCGUAAAUUCUUUAAUUUCUUCAUCUAUUUGUAAAGAUCUAUUCUUUCACGAUUUUAACACUUCCAAAAAAUGUAUCCAUUCACUUCUCCAAUCCAAACCCACAAAAUCCACUAAAUUUUCAACAAAACCUCCCAAAUCAGUGUUAAACAAAGAUAAAAUACAGAACCCAAAUGUUUACACAAGAAACACAAUUUCAAACAUAUAUAGAAUCUUGAAAUAUUCCACUUGGGAAACUGCAAAAGAACAGAUAUUAAAAUUGGGUAUUAAAUGGGAUUCUUACACAGUCAAUCAAGUGUUGAAAACGCAUCCUCCAAUGGAAAAGGUUUCAGGAUUUCAAGGGUUUAAACAUGAUCAAUUUACGUACACAACAAUGCUUGAUAUUUUUGGAGAAGCUGGUAGGAUUGAGUCUAUGAAUUAUGUAUUUAAACAAAUGCAAGAAAAGGAUAUAAAGAUUGAUACUGUUACUUACACUUCACUUAUGCAUUGGCUUUCAAGAAACGGUGAUGUUGAUGGGGCUAUAAAGAUUUGGGAGGAAAUGAAAGAGAAAGGGCUUUAUCUUACUGUUGUUUCUUAUACUGCUUUUAUGAAGAUUUUGUUUGAUAAUAAGAGAGUUAAGGAGGCUACUAAUGUUUAUAAGGAGAUGCUUGAAUGUGCGAUUCCUCCUAAUUGUCAUACCUACACUGUCUUAAUGGAGUAUCUUGUUGUUUCUGGCAAAUGCCAAGAAGCGCUUGAGAUUUUCAAAAAAAUGCAAGAAGCAGGCGUACAACCUGACAAAGCUAUGUGCAAUAUUUUGGUCGAGAGAUGUUGCGAAGCUGGGGAGACGAACACAAUGACCCCAAUUCUUCAAUACAUGAAAGAAAAUCAUCUUGCUCUUCGUUAUCCUAUCUUUUUAGAAGCACUCAAAAUUCUAAGAAUAGCCGGCGAGUGUGAUGCACUCCUUAAGCAAGUAAAUCCUCAUUGUGCUGCUGAAUCUAUCAAUAAUGAUGAUUCGUCUGAGUUCACUACAAGUGCUUACAAUGAUCCGAUCGAUAAAGGACUUCUACUGAUUCUCUUGAGAAAACAAAAUCUUGUGGCAGUUGACCAUUUACUUGCCGGGGUACUUGAUAAGAAUAUGGUUUUAGAAUCUUGGAUAGUCUCAACCAUUAUUGAGGUAAACUGUAGUCAAUGUAGACCUGAUAGUGCUUUAAUGGCCUUUGAAUACAGUAUGAGAGUGGGCAUAGACCUUGAGAGAACAGCAUAUCUUGCCUUGAUUGGCAUUAUGAUAAGAUCAAAUACAUCUCUGUGGGUUUUAGAGAUUGUCAAGGAAAUGAUUAGGGUUGGGCAUUCUCUUGGACUGUAUUUAAGUGCUCUCUUAAUACAUAGGCUUGGAUCUGCUAGAAGGCCCAAUUGUGCUGCAAAGAUUUUUGACUUGUUGCCAGAUGAACAGAAGUGCACUGCUACUUAUACUGCCAUGAUUGGUGUAUACUUUUCUGCUGGUAGUGCAGCAAAAGCACUUAAAAUCUAUAAAACUAUGAAAAAGAACAGCAUAAAUCCUUCUUUGGGUACAUAUAAUGUUCUUUUAGCUGGUCUUGAAAAAAGUGGCAGAGUUUGUGAAACAGAUAAUUUCAGAAAGGAAAAGAGGAGCCUGAUGGCUGAUGGUAAUCGUUUGAGCUGUCUCCCUAUGGAGGAGAAGAUAUGUGACCUCCUUUUUGCUGGGAGUUUGGUACCUUGACUAGCUCUUUCGGACCAUAGAAAUCCCGUUGCUAUUGGAACAACCGAGAAAAAUGGUGCUGUUUCUAUUAGUGACAGUCAAAUGGCCAUGAUUUUGACUCUGGAUUGUGGUCGUCCUUUUGCCGAUCUAUGAUGAAGUUUGUCUGCAUCAACCACGAGUAACUUGGACAUGACAGAAAUGUGUUCUCAAAGUUCCUUUGUGAUGCAACCUUAUGAUGGAGUCCAUGAACCCACACCUUUGACAGCUUUAGGCCGUGCUAUGAUAAGCAUUAGUGGGAUUUUUUGAUGCUUCAGUGCUUUAAACAAACCCAUUUUUUCUCCAUUUCUUUCUUCUUCUUCUUCUACACUUAGAUUAGAGAUUAAUGCAGUCAACCAUGUAUUAUUUAUUUGACUUGGUGAAAAAGAAGGGCAGAAUAGACAUUAAACAAUUAGAUGGAGAAGCAGCACAGCAGCGACUAGGAUCUUUCCUUUUAUCAAAAAAUUUAUAUACAUUUUCAAACAAUUGAAUUCUUACAUACUUACAACAAAUCAUUUCUUUGCAUUUUCUUGUCCAUGCCUUUUAUUUCCUCUUCUUACGAGCCGCCUCCUUUACAUCUUCAGACCUUAAGCUUUUUGUUUUUCGAAGCUGCGAUUCUAGCUUUCGCAUAAUCCCUUCCCGUUACAGUUAAAUCUGUAAUAAUUCUUUGCUGGGUUCUCGACAUCUCGUCUUUCUGCUUGAUCUUUGAAGUCUUGACUUGUAUUUGAGCUCAAUUUUCAGGUGCUUUCCAAUCUAGCUCAGUCUCAUAUACAAGAUUAGCACAGUAAACUUUUUUACACCCAAUCAGGUUGACUUCUGAUUAUUAUUAUUUUUGGUCGUUUUCAUCUGAUUAUUUUUGUUUUGAGAUCAUAGGAAAAAGUUUACUUCUUUGGGUUUUUCCUGUUCCGUAUGUAUGAUAUAGUUUUGAUUCAGUUUGUGGAACUUCCUUAAUUAGAUUCUCUUAUCUGAUUCAAACUUAGUUUCUAGGUUUUGACUUGCAUUUGAGUGGAACAGAUACUAGCUUCGUCGUUUCUACUAAUAAAGAUAUACAACUUCUUUC